AUGCCUGGUCCGGCGGUCCACGGUGCGCUCUUCGUGUGCGCAUUCCUCCAGCUGUUCUCCCUCCCCGGCGGACAGGUGCCGAACUGCCAGGAGGUGCGCACCGUGUUCCAGUCUCUGCACCCGGGGUCCAAGUGGGUCCCCGAAACCCCGGUGUCAGGUGCGGAUCUGCAGGUUUGCCAAACCAAAGGCCCGACCUGCUGUUCCAAGAAGAUGGAGGAGCGGUAUCAGGUAGCCGCACGCAGCAACAUGGAGUCUGGCCUGCAGGUUGUCAGCGCGCAACUCAAGCGCCUCAUCAUCCAGAACGCUGCCAUAUUCCAAGAGGCCUUCGACCUGGUGCUGCGUCACGGCCGUAACUCAACCCUGACAAUGCUGAAGUCAGAGUUCCCGGGUCUUGGAGGCGGCGCCCAGAGCUCGGUGGGGCAGCUCUUCCUGGACAUGUCGCUCUACAUCCUCGGCUCGGACUCCACGGUGGACCACAUGGUGGCGGUGCUCUUUGGCCGCCUCUUCCCCCUCACGUACCGCCGGCUGCUGGGGGGCAGCGGCUCAUCAGUGUCUGAGGAGUGCGUCAGAGGAGCCUGGAAGGACUCGGGGGCAUUUGGGCCUUAUCCCAAACUCAUGAUGACACGUCUGUCCCGCUCCCUCUUGGCCACGAGAGUCUUCCUGCAGGCGCUGAAUCUGGGCAUCGAGGUCGUCAACACCACGGACCAUCUGCGACCCGGCCGGGACUGCAGCCGGGCCCUGCUCAGGCUGUGGUACUGCCCGCACUGCCAGGGCAUGCUGGGGCCGCCCGCCUGCAGGGGCUUCUGCCAGGCGGUGAUGCACGGCUGCCUCGGGGGCGCGGCAGAGGUGCAGCCUCACUGGAGGAGCUACAUCGACGGACUGGGGAAGCUGGCGGGCGCCAUGAGGGGAGAGCAGGACAUGGAGUCCGUGGUUCUCAGCAUGCCCUCAAUGAUUAGACAGGCUCUAAAGCACGCUGUGAACGCCCGCAGCCGCCUCAACACCCUGGUGAGCGGGAUGUGUGGACACUCUCCUCAGCGGGCCUCUCGCUCCGUCGGGUCGCCUCCUCCUCAGCCUCCAGCCGCCUCUGCUGCCCGCGGAGCUCAGCCCUCGUCCUCGGACUCUGAUGAGACUCUGGCCGGCCUCCGCAGGGAGUUCAUAACCAACCUGAGAGGCUUCAGCUCCUUCUACAGCGGUCUCGGGGAGGCGUUGUGCAGUCGAGAGCCCACUCCAGCAAACCACUCCCUCUGCUGGAACGGGCAGGAGAUGACAGACAGGUUUCCGGGUCCUGGCCUGAAGCGACUGCACACCGGCUCCGAGUCGAGGAGCAACAAGCCUCCGGAGCCGAUCAUCAGCCAGAUCAUAGACAAACUCAAACACAUCAACCAGUUGCUGCGGAUCGUGACGGUGUCCGAGAAGCGCUGGAGAGCCCGGUCGCGUGGAGCCGGAGCGGACGGCUGGAACGACGAGGGCGAAGACGGGUUCGAGAGCGGCGACUGCGACGACGAGGACGAGUGCACCGGCGUGUCGGGGCUGGGGCCGCCGCCGAGACGCAAACGGUUACGCAUCUUCGCAGACCUCUCCGAUAACCUGGCGAUGGACGACUUCACCUUCCAGGAGCAGCUGUUAACCCCUCGGCUGGCCACGGCCGGGGUCGGCGGCGUCUCCUCACCUGCGGCCCGGCUGCGGAGGAGCUACCUGGACCCGACCCUCCCCGCGGCGCUCGCUCUGCUCCUGCUCUGCCACCACUGACCCGUGCGACUCUCCCAUCACCUCUUUUUUGUUCCUCUGCUGUUCAGACUGUGUGGAAUGUGAUAAACCUUUCUUGGCUCGACAAAGGAAGCAUGAACAACAGGAAAAUGCUACGUUUCUCUGUAAGAGCCUGUUUUGUUUUAUUCAAAAUGAGUGGAUGUUCUUAACAAACAUAUAAAAAACCAACAAAAAAAAAAAAAGAAAGCACACUAGAUAGAACCAUGGCGUUAUGUAAAUACAAACUCUCCCACCGGUCCACUCACACAGUUUCGCGCCCUCUCGCCUCACCUCCUCUCAUGCUGACUUCUUCUGUCUAAACUGAUGGGAGACGCUGUUCUUUAUGGACCAGUAACACACAACAGACUGCUUUUUUUUUGUUUUUUUUAAACUCUCAGUCUGUGCUGAGUUAUUGCCCUGCAGCAACAAGCAGGAAGAAGAAGUCAGCUGCUGCCAUUUUCCUUCAUGGCAGCGAAUGAUCUCCUGCCAGGUCUGGACUUUCGGCAGAGUUUUACUGAGCUCCUCAUCCCUGAAGGCUGAAGGUGAAUCACUUAUUUAAACUGUUUCUCAAAACGCUCUGCUACUACCUAAACCUCCCAUCUGUCUCUCUCUCUCUCUCUGGUUGUUUAUAUCCUAGUGAUAGCUAAAUUAUUUCACUCCCACCAUCACUGUUUGUUUUAUUUUGUAAAGCUUUUUUUUGAAAGCGGUAACCGCCCCUAAAAUGGACAAAAAAAAAUAAAAGAGUUCAAGGGCUACCAUCAGAGCAUAAAGUCUCCAAAUGAGCCCCAAACUGUACAAAUGUAUGUUUCUCUGUGUUGGUGCCAUGUUUACAAAAAAUAUGAUUGUUUGCAAUAUUUGGUUUGUGGACUGAAUUAUUGGCUGGACUGUGAAGCAUUGCUGCAAAUUUCGAGCUUAUUCUUUAGCACUGUGCAUAAAGCGAGCAGUGACAUGAUGAUAUAAAUAUGUAUAAAAAAAUAUGUGUAAAUUAUUAUUUUUUGUUUAUGUUGCAUUGAUUUGACACGUUUGCGAUGUCCGGCCUUUUUGGUUUAAAACCAGAAGUCAGAUUAUUUUUUAUUUAAAUUCUAUUAUUGUUUAUUUAAAUAUGUUUGGUUUUCAAAAUGAAAAAUGGGAGUCCGGCUCCACUUGUUGUUUAUUACUGGAGUGUGAUGGAUGUGUGGAAAGACGCUAAUUAAAAGCUCCAGCGGACUCCACAGCUGGGAGCGUUGACUGCGCUCACAGCCGACUGUUCGGCUCGUCGUAUCGGGAGAAGCACAGGUGGGACGAGGAACAGCAAUGACUAAACGUGCACCUGAUGUCAGAAGUUCAGCGUACAGAAGUUGCUGGUGAAUAUUCUUUUUUUUUUUUGCUUAGGAAGGUUUUUAAUCGAGUGAAACGACCCAGAAGUGGCAGCUACGAUAAGGCCUGGUGGAAUUUUCUGGCCCAAUCUCAAUCUCUGCACUCCACAGACUCUCAAACUGUCAAGUGCAUGCAAGCUUGAGGACUUUUUGAUGCCAUUUUUCACACCUCCAGAGAAACCUGCCCAUAGUUCGUAGUGUAAUCGGUGACAUAUAAACACGGUUGUUCUGCCUCACGCAAAAUGUACACAAACCAAGUAUGGACGGGUGCAGGGGAGAAGUCUGCCGGUCGGUUUAUCUGUAAGUGACAGCGUCUGUUGUGGUUAUUUAUUACACGCUGGGUGUAUUUUCAGUCUGAUCUCUGUUUAGGAUUUGAAGAUGGCUCUCUUGACCUUUGGUAGUUUACUCAAACGUAUAAACACUGUACUGUCCAAACAGGUACAGAUACGAGCUGGGGAAUCUAUUUAACUGCCAGUGACCCACAAGUCCAGAUUUAAAUUCCUCCUUUUAUACCUUUUCAGCCUCACAAAAAGCACACAUUCAAACAGUACAUCUGUGACUCAGUCAAAGCCGGACUCACUACAGGAGUUUCAGGUUGAUUUACGUCCUUUUCACUCCUGCUGACAUUUAGAGGAGAAAUCUGGUCUGAACCGAUGUUUGGCACAGAUUAUCUGCUAAUGUGAGGUUUUUACAGAUCCAGUGUUAAACCUCUUGAACUGCUCACAGACUUAUCUGAGCCUCCCCGAUAAUAUUUAAUUCAAUUUAUGUGGUGAAAUCGGGGCGGUUAUGAUUGUCGCAGAAGCACCUGGAGCGGCGGACGCUGUUGCCAAGCAAAGCUAAACGUUCUCGCCCUUGAGGCUAACGUUAGCUACAGAUAUUAAAACUGAUAUUUAACAGUUCAAAUCUCACCUCCACUUCUUGCUGAAGAAAAAAAACAACCCAUGUUGACCACAUCUUCCCAGCCGUUUCUCAUCCAGACUCAUUUGUGCUUUUGUUGUUUUCUUCUCAUUGCAAAAAACAUUAUUAGCGUUCAUAAGAGCUUCAAUGAAAGGCAGUUGGACUUCUCAUGUUUGCUUCUAGAAGACAUUUCCCCUCAGAUCCAGGAGGCUUCUUUUAGUUUUAUUAUUAGCGCUACAGCAAGUUGUUGCACCAAAGCUUCUAUUUUGUUUAUAUCCGUUUCCCCAUAAGAUGAGGCGGCUCCCUGAUUGCUCCCUCUAGCUUUAUAAUCUUGAUAAUAUCCUGUUGUGUGCAAUGUGCCAUUACUUUCAAAUAUUAGACUGUGCAUUGAGAAUCAGUUUGGAUUUUAAAACUCCUGUAGUGUGACGUUUUAGUCUGUGAGGGUUCAGUGCUUAGGUCUUGUAGUGGAGAUUGGUAUUAGGCCUCUAAAUGCUCUGGAAAGGUGCUUUAACACCUCCUUUUUCUUUUUUUUUUUGUCUCCUUUAGCAUAGGAUACAUUAGUCAAGAAAGGAGAUAAUGCUUUACCAUCCAUGUCAGUUCCAUCCACCGUCAUGUGAACUGCAUAACGACCACCAAAGUCCUCAUGAAUUCUCCUUCACGUCUUUUCUCGACCUUGCGACAUUUUCCAUUAAAGUUUUUAUGUGAAGA